AUGACCAGUCUGAAGCGUUCUCAGACAGAGCGCUCGGUUGGGGGCUCUGUGCCGGCUAGUGAUGAGUUCUAUACCCGCCGCCUGCGACUGCCCAAUGGAGGUGCCCCACCACCCCGCAGUGAGAGCGCCCACAUCUCCUCUUCCUCCACCACCGGCACCAACCCCGGCGUCCCCAAAAUGGGGGUUCGGGCUCGGGUGGCUGAUUGGCCCCCACGGAAAGAUGGGGGAGGAGGAGGUGUUUGGCAUAUCACUGUAGAAACAGACUCCCCUAGCUCUACCAACACCACCAGCUCCUCAGGAUCAGGAAGUGGAGAUAGAGAACGACUUGGAGGAGGGGGAGGUGGUGGUGGAGGAGGAGGGGGAGGUGGUGGUAGUGGCAGUGGGGGCAGUGGAGGAGGAGGGGUGUCAGCCGUCACUGCCCACAGCAAUCUGUCAGCCAAGCUGGGCCACCUGAUAAGCCCGCAGGACUCAUCCAUGCUGCGCAACAUCCACAACACACUAAAGAGCAAGAUGCAGAGCAAGGGGAAGGACAAUCGCUUCCUGUCACCAGAUGGCUAUCUAGGCUCACCUCGCAAAGGAAUGAGGCGCAUCCGCCAGCGCAGUAACAGCGAUAUAACUAUCAGCGAGCUGGAUGGUGAUGGCAAUGAGGGCUGGUCCUUCUCCGGAUGGACACCCAUGCACCGUGAGUACGGCAGCACUUCAUCCAUAGAUAAGCAUGGUGUGUCAGGAGAGAGCUUUUUUGAUAUGCUAAAGGGAUACCAGUCUUCUGAAGCUCCUGAUCAGCGAAGCCCAGCUCCAGAGCGGCUAACAGAGCUACUUACCGUGGCCCCAAUAAAACAGGCUGCCCUGGACCUACCAGAUGGACCUUUAGGUCCAGUCAGAGGUAGCCCCGCAAGUCGGCUGAAGGAACGAGAGAAGCACUUGAAGAGGAGGUCAAAGUCAGAGACAGGUGGAGAGUCAAUAUUCCGUAAGCUGCGUAGUGUGAAGGUAGAGGGUGACACAUCCAGGGCUGGCUCAGAUGUUGAAGAUGGGGGGAAAGGGGAUGAGAGUUGCCCACUUCCCAAACCCUGGUUGUGCCAAAAAGGCUUUUCCCAUUUUGAUGUCCAGUCUCUACUUUUUGAUCUCAACGAGGCUGUUCAUAGUCGGCAGUCUGGUUCCAAGCGCAAGAACACCACGACUGGCGCCUCAGCUGCUGCUGCUGCCUCGGCUUCAGCCACAUCCUCCCUGUCCUCCAAUCAGAGUGGAGUGUAUGGGUCACCCUGUGGCUCACAAGAGGAGUUGAGCAAGGAGGGAACAGGAGGACACUCUACCAACCCUGCCUUGGACCCUGGUGAUGACAAGAGCAAUGACCUGGUGCUCAGCUGCCCUUGUUUCAGAAAUGAGAUUGGUGGAGAGGGUGAGAGGAACAUCUCUCCUGCUAAGCAGCAGGGCAGCAUAGGUAGUGGUGGGAGCUCAAGCAAUUCUUCUGGCAGUACAGAGGAAGGACCUUUGGAUGCCACCCUCACUACUCAUUUUACCAAUGCUGGUGUGGCUGUGUUGGAGGCGUCCAAGGAUGGGCCAAGCCAACAUGCAGACAGGUCCAAACGAUACAUUGUGGAGCAUGUUGACCUUGGCGCCUAUUACUACCGAAAGUACUUCUACCUCAGAGAACACUGGAACUACCUCGGGGUAGAUGAGAACCUCGGCCCAGUGGCAGUGAGUCUGAGGAGGGAGAAGCUGGAUGAGCACAAGGAGCAUGGCCAGCAGUACAACUACAGGGUCAUCUUCAGAACGAGCGAGCUGAAUACCCUGAGGGGCUCCAUCCUGGAAGAUGCAGUACCUUCCACAUCCAAGCAUGGUCUAGCUCGAGGUCUGCCCCUCAAAGAGGUGCUGGAGUACCUGGUGCCUGAGCUCAACGUCCACUGCCUGCGCCUGGCACUCAACACGCCGAAGGUCACUGAGCAACUGAUGAAGCUGGAUGAGCAGGGGUUAAGUUUCCAGCGGAAAGUCGGGGUGAUGUACUGCAUGGCAGGCCAGAGCAGCGAGGAGGAGAUGUACAACAACGAAUCAGCAGGUCCUGCACUGGAGGAGUUCCUUCAUCUGCUGGGGGAGAGGGUUAGACUCAAAGGAUUCAGCAAGUACCGGGCCCAGCUGGACACCAAGACUGACUCAACUGGCACCCACUCCUUGUACACGACUUACAAGGAUUAUGAGAUCAUGUUUCAUGUUUCUACCAUGCUGCCCUACACACCCAACAAUAAGCAACAGUUACUGCGGAAGCGUCACAUUGGGAACGACAUCGUCACGAUUGUGUUCCAGGAACCCGGGGCUCUCCCCUUCACUCCGAAAAACAUUCGCUCCCACUUCCAGCACGUCUUUGUGAUUGUGCGUGCUCAUAACCCAUGCUCCGACAACAGCUCCUACAGUGUGGCGGUCACUCGUUCCAAAGACGUGCCCUCUUUCGGCCCCCUUAUCCCAGAAGGCGUGACCUUUCCCAAGUCCUCCGUGUUCCGGGACUUCCUGCUGGCCAAGGUCAUCAAUGCAGAAAAUGCUGCCCACAAGUCGCACAAGUUCCGCGCCAUGGCCACCCGAACACGCCAGGAGUACCUGCGCGACCUGGCCGAGCGCCACACCACCAGCACACCCAUCGACCCCUCGGGAAAGUUCCCUUUCAUCUCACUGGCCCACAAGAAAAAGGAGAAAAGCCGGCCGUAUGGAGGGGCAGAGCUGCGCAGCCUGGGGGCGGUGACCUGGCCGGUGCACGUUGAGGAUCAUGGGACUGGAGGGGAACUGGAGGCCCUUCUGGCCAUCUCCAAUGACUUCCUCAUCCUGUUGGACCAGGAGGCCAAGGCCGUGGUGUUCAACUGUGCCACUAAGGACGUGAUUGGCUGGACGCUGAGCAGCCCUGCUUCUUUGCGGAUUUUCUACGAGCGCGGAGAUAGUGUGUCUCUGAGGAGUGUCAGUAAUAACACUGAGGAUUUCAAGGAGGUGGUCAAACGUCUAGAGUUCCUGACUAAGGGCUGUGAGACAUCGGAGAUGACGCUUCGUCGAAAUGGCCUGGGGCAGCUCGGCUUCCACGUGAACUAUGAAGGCAUCGUGGCUGAGGUGGAGCCGUAUGGUUACGCCUGGCAGGCUGGGCUGCGGCAGGGAAGCCGCUUGGUAGAAAUCUGCAAAGUUGCAGUUGCUACACUGACCCAUGAACAGAUGAUUGACCUCCUGCGGACCUCAGUAACAGUGCGUGUUGUCAUCAUCCCUCCACAUGAUGACGCCACUCCACGCAGGGGCUGCUCAGAGCUCUAUCGGAUGCCUGUGUCAGAAUACAAGGGCAGCAGCAGCGACAGUGGCUCCUUCGAAUACAAGUUCCCCUUCCGCAGCAAUAACAACAAGUGGCAGAGGACGUCCAGCAGCCCUCAGCAGUCACUGACCGCCUCGCCACAGCCCCACACGCCCAACCGGGCCAUCAGCCUGGGCAGCUCAGUGGGGAAGACGCUGUCAGCUGAGAGGCUGGAGAGGGGCGCAGUCAUCCCCCGCAGUGUCAGCAGUGAUGGCCGGCCUCUGGACACCAAGAGGAUGUCUCCGGGCAGUGAGAGCUAUAGCCUGGCCUCCUCCCUGGCGCUGGGUCGUUCCCCCCACAAUCGCAGCUCUCCCAGCAACCUGUCCUGUUCCAGUGACGCCUCCGGAAGCUCCGCUCACUGGAGACAGAAGUCCAUGCCUGAGCAGUUUGUAGGCAACCGCCACUCUCCUAUGUCUGCGGAGAGACGAGAGGUGGUCGGAGAGGGUGGGUCCAGUGGAAAGUCCACUCCCAACUGGUCGAGAAUGGAGGAAGGCGGAGGAGCUGAACGAGGGUCCACAGAUGCCCCGGUCUCCAAGUCCGGUCAAGGCUACUCUGGAGCUCCCCGCAUCCAGAGGCAGGAGCAGGUCAUCCAUCUCUCUCCAAAGAAGGGCAGCCAGUCGGACGGGCCUUACUCUGGACACUCCAGCAGUAACACUCUAUCCAGCACAGCUUCCAGCGGGGGCCACAGCGACAGCGAUAAAUGGUACGAAAUGGGAGCGGGUGGAGGCUCCAGCGGUGACCAGGGUGACACUGAGCCCAACGGCCUGGGGGGAGGAGGGUACCUCCAGGGUGCGUCGGCCGACAGCGGCAUCGACACCAGCUCUUAUGGAGCCCCUCACCACAACCACCCCCACUCCCAUCAUGGCAGCACCACCUCCCUGCUGGCUCCCAGCGGAGGCAGAGAGAGCAGGGAGCGGUCAGUGUCUCCGUGGCACAGCCCCACCGAGGGAGGCCGCAGGAUGCUGGAGAGGUCGCCUGCUGCCGCCGAGUCCCCGGGCCCUCCAGGAGAAAGGAGUCUGGAAGGGACAGGCCGGACCCCACCCACUCAUCUCCUCGUUAGAGACAGCAGCACCUACAGUCUGAGUGAGGCUGGAUCACACUCGAGUGCCAGGCACUCAGGCCACAGCUCCCCAAGAGAGGAGUCCUCCUCUUCAGCCACCUCCCCUUCCUCCCAGUCCUCUGCGUCUCCGGGGCCCAAGAGCUUCUACCCCCGCCAGGGAGCUCAGUCCAAGUACCUGAUUGGCUGGAGGAAGCCCGGUUCCACCAUCAAUUCUGUCGACUUCGGUGACACACGCAAGAAAUCUCCAGGAGAGGGUGGAGUGGAGGUUGUUCCGACCCCAGCAGCCAGGCCCUCUCUUCGAGAUAUGCACUCGCCCCAGCCUCAUGCCAAAUCUACCAUGGAGGAAGAUGUGAAGAGACACAGUGUCCCGGACAGCCCUCCAGCACCACGCAGACAUAAGGAAAAGCACGGCCAGAAAUCGCCACCAGGUCAGCCACCCAGCAACCGUCGCUCCCUCCAUCGCACCCUGUCAGAUGAGAGUAUCUAUCGCGGCCAGCGCCUUCCUUCCCUGAGCGACGCAGUGGCUGAUCCGGCACUCGGCGCCGAUGUUCUCUUCAGCUGCUCUACCCUCCCACGCUCCCCCACCACCCGUGGUGUUCCCCUGCGACGGCCCUCCUAUAAGCUGGGAGUCAAACUCCACGGUGACCUUUCAGCAUCUGACACAUCACUGGUGGAUUUGGUGGAGCGUCAUCGUGGACCCCUCCCUCAGGAGCUGAUGCCCCUCCCGUCUUCAGACAGGGACAGCCCCCUCGAGUGGACACACCUGGUGGACGUGGCCAACACCUUUGAGAGCGAAAGAAACACACACUACGUCCAGAGAAGUUAUGUGUUUGGAGAUUCAAACCACAGAAGCAGCGGUGCCUCCAGUCCCCAGCAGCCCCACAUCGAGCUGCAGCCGGCUCCACUGUCACGGCCCUCAUCUAGUGAGGGUCACAUAGGACUGGAGAGAAAGGUGACUAAGCUGGAGGCCAUGGUGAAGAUGCUCCAGGAGGACCUGAAGAAGGAGCGUGAAGAGAAGGUGAGACUUCAGGCUCAGAUCAAGAGGCUCUGGGAGGACAACCAGAGGCUGCAGGAGGAGUCCCAGACCUCCGCCGCCAAGCUCAAGAAGUUCACCGAGUGGGUCUUCAACACCAUCGACAUGAACUGACCCCGACCUGCACAUUUCAAGUCGCACCCGCACGUACACAAACGCAUACAUCAGCACACACAGUCUGGACGGGGAGGAAGAGGGGGGAGCGACACUGACGAGACAAGACUGACAAGACAUGUUGGACUCGGUUAACCUGGUGCCGAACCCUCCGACCAUCUUCCAUUGGCUUCAAACAUCUGCGGGUAACAUUGUCGACCGGUCUCCACAGACCCCCUGCGCAACUUCUCAGGAUGAGACUCGAGAAAAUUGGGUGUUGUUUAUUAGAUUGUGAAGGACAGACCUCUACUCUCCAACGGGGCCGUGAGAGCGUUGCCGAAUUGAUCUUUCUCUCAUCUUGCUGUGCCAAAAUCUCUUUCACAAAAUUGCCAAGAGGAAGCCGUUUUCCUCCCUCCUCUUUCACAAGAAACCAGUUUUGCCUCCUCCUGAUGUGAACCUAAAGAAUCAGCCCCCUGCCGUACUUUCUCAGUGGAUGUGUUUCUCUUUUUAGGCGCAAGCUACAGUAGAUAUCAGCCCUUUUAUGUUUCCUUUUUGUUCCUUCUUUCAAUUCCGUUUUUACAAAUGUUGCCCAGCUUCUCUGAAAGGGUGACUUGAGUCUUUUGUGCCAAAUCAAACGCCGCCACAGCAGAGGGUAGCAGACAGUCUGUGUGACUUAAUGGAAGAAGUCUCUGAAACGCCACGUAAAGUCAGACAGGUACGCCAACAGCCAGCCCACAAACGCGGAGUGAAUCUGAAGACAACACCGGACACAGGAGGGGGUUUUCAUUUCCCUCACAUGUAAAUGGAGAGUAAAGAUAGUCAGUGUUUCCUCUCCUCAAAGCUUCUGGCCACUGAAGGACGAGCCGCCGACAUGGAGGCCGGUCAGUCCGCCUCUGAACAGGAAGGAAAGCUGGAUUUGUACAGUGUAAUUUUUUUCUUCUCCUCCGUCUCACUUAAUUAUGGAUUACAGCAUCCUGUCUGUCACUACAGCACAAACCAACACCUGAUAGAGGAGUAUAUUUAUAAGCCAUCGGCAAGUGGUGCCAUAUAACGUGACUGAUAUCCAGAGUGCUUUGGUCCAUCCCAAUUGUAUGUGUCGUAAAAGCAAUAGGAAGAAGUCAGGACUCCUGUCUCUCUCAAGAAGGGACAGUUUUAGCUCUGGGAAGACGUUUGAUGUGGGAAAAAGUUGUUUUAAAGGUUACACUUAGAAGACACCAGUCUCUGCUGCACAAGAGCCUCCAUCCGCUUCCAUUAAAGCCGUGAACACCGUGCUCUGGGAAACAGGAAAGAGAGGACUCCACUCGCCAUCCCACUGUCUGGAAUACAGAGAGCCAGCUGAUAAUAAAAGAGACAGUGUCGGGAGAGAAAAGUUUUUUUUCCCAGGUUAAUUUAUUUCCUUGUAUUAUAAUUCCAAUAAAUAAGUUGUUCUAUUCGUAAAGUACAACUGACAUCAGUGUUUAGUUCCUCAAGAAAAGGUCACUAGCUAUAUUAUUUAAAUGGCUUUCUUUCUUAAUUCUGGCUACAGCCUGACUAUAUGCUUUUUAUUCUGUAUUAUGUUGUAUUUUGUGGUGCCCAAGCCUGCUGUCGUGUUGCUUACAGUGCCCUCUAGUGAUGACCAGUGGAAAUGUCAUGAUUAUUAAAUGUGCUGCCAGUCACUCUGUAUUUUUCCAGCGCCUCUUCAGCAAUCAGUCAGACAUCGACCGGGAGGCCACACAAACACAGGACAGGAAGGAAAAUCAGAAGCCAGCUUUGAGAGACAAUCAAAGGUUGUUUUUCAAUAAAGGGAGCAGACCUUAGGUGUACUUGUAUGUAUGUGGGUGUGUGUGUUGAAUUUGAACACCUAUAGUUUUCCUCAGGUUCAGUAUUUGUUGAGAGGAUCUUUUGAGACAGCAGUUCAACAGAAAUAACUCAUGUUGUUCGAUGAAAAUGGUCACGAUAAGAGGGAGCUACAGUACCUUCUGUACCAGUGGCAGUGCGUGUUGUCAUUGUGUGAAUGUACAUCAGUCUAUCCAGCCGUGCCUACACUCACUUAUUUUGGUCAUUUACUCCCAGACAGAGCAGGGACGUGCCUUUGAAACAGCACCUGGGGAACAGAUGAAAGGGAAAGGCUCUUCUUCUUCAUCCCGAAAAAUAAAACACACCUGGUAACGAACACACACACACUCACCUUACACACUUAUGAGUUUUACCCGGCUUCACGCUCACAGGUGUGGAGUCUGCCUCAUAAAUGUCUGUGCAGGGAAUCUGCUGCGAGGCCUCGGCCUUUCUCUUGUCCUCAUGAAUAUUUUUACUGAACACGAUCGGGCUGGCCUGCCUCCACACACAGGAGCCAGAGUGUGUAUGGAAAUGUGUCGGUGUGUGUGCCUUUUGCAUUCAGUUCCAUGCAGUGUAUCUUUCAGAGCAGCUGGCCCCUGUAAUAGGAGCGCAUUGGAAGAAAAAUGUCCCCAAAUCACAAAGCUAAUUACAACGCAAGCAGGAGCCACUGAGCUGUUUCCUCAGCCGCGUGUCUGACACGACAACAAGAGCGUAGAGGUUAUUUCAGGUCGCUGACUUUAGCGUGCACAUAGAAACUGUGGCUCACAAACAUGGUGGAAGCCUUAAUUCUUUGUCCCUUGCUCUCAAAGCCCUUUUGAUGAGAAAACACUCCCAGUUUUUCAGUCACUAAAGUAAAUUUAUAUCUUAAAAUGGUGCAAUUAAAACCCUGCAGGAUCUAGCACAGAAAGGCACCUGGUCUGAAUGUAAAGAGAAUAUAAACAAGCCUAAAUAAAUGUGAUGUUUACUCUAAGUGACAUUCAGCUCUGCAGUUUUGCAUAGAGAUGAGUGGACUCUUAACAAAACGAUGUACAAGCCUCGGUUCUGUUUUAAGAAUCUCUUGUCAGUCAGCAUGGACGGUAACAACAACAGUCAUAAUUUGGAUAUUUUAACACUUUAACAAGUUAGCCCGUUGUGAGAAGCAGUCUAGUCAUCCACUAAUGUGAAACCCUGAAAAAAACAAGCAAAAUCUGAGUCAUGUAGGCAGAAAUGUUCCCGAUCCAGGAAGUUUUGACUGUAACUUGUAUGUCGAUGCUUAAAUGAUGACUAAUAGGUGAUGUUUUACUGUACAUGGAAAGUGCUCUAGUUUUUUGUAUUUCAAAUGAAGUAUGGCCAAAUGACAAACUGUGCAGUGCAGAUGUUUUGCUCGCAUCUUUAAAAGUGUGCAUCGAGUUGGAUGUUAGAUACAGUUUUCAACCUUCUACAAAGACAUGAACACACACCGGUCCCCGUUGCUUCAGUGUGAAUGUUGAGUUAUUUUACCGUGCAUACACUUCCUUCCUUUCCUCCGCUUUGUUUUUGGUGCUUUUCAGAAGGAUGUGGGGAAUGUGAAUGUUCAGAUGUUCCAUUUUGUAAUAUCUUUUUAUUUUUAAGAACCUUUGCACAAUGUUUUAUAAAAAGUUCCAGACAAACGGGGGAAGGUGCUCGACUUUAUUCACUUCGGAAAAUUCGAACCCUUCCUUUCCUUAAGCGUCGCUGAUGGCGGGAUGUUGUUUGUACCGCGGGGUUGCCGGUUUUCAAACAGCUUGCGAGGGUAGUGAUUGCAGCAGGGGAGGAAGGUUUCACAGCAGCUGUGCUGAAAGAACAAACCUAUAUACAGUGAAGUGAUCAGCUGACUGCAGAUGAAGCACACAGUUUCAAGAGGACCAUCAGUUUUACAGAAUAUACUGUUUACAUCCCGGAUCCAUUGUCUUUGUAAAAUGUAAAGGUAUGAAAAAGACAUUUGCAGUGAUCACAGUAUUAAAGUUUCUGAAAUAAAUAAAUGCC